AUGCGGUCUACCGGGAUUUUUUUAUCGAGCAGUUGGACGCCUUGGCAGACCAAUUAUUUAGUUGAGGAGUUUAUGCCGCCGGCAAACACCAGUGUCGCGGGGAAGAUUUAUGAGGCGUUUUCGCAAACCGCUAUGCUAAGGCUUGCUAACCCUCCCCCCCAUUGGCCAUCUACUCCCAACCAGCUUCCAACUUCGAAGGCCUCCAAAACCAAUUCGAAAAGCGCUCGCGGACUCACUCGACCGAUUUGUCGACCCUUACAACCCUUUCUUCAACAGACUCGUGCACACCCUAGCGAUGGGUUCAUUCUCUCAGCCGAAUACUUCAGUUCCGCCACCAGGGCUACCCUGAAUUCCGACACUACGUUCUUGCGAGCAGGAUCUACACCUACUUCACAUCCCCCAUCCACUGCUAUACGGACGUCGUUUCGCACCUCUAACUUGUGGAGCCAUUACACCCAAAACUCUACUCAAAAGCGAAACUUGAGUGAAUAUGCGGAAAGAUCAACAACUGACGUCGCAACGCGCAGAUGUGCGGGGAGGCUAGAAUCUAUAUUUGUACGCAGGGUUGGGGUCGAAGGCUUGAUCUGCAUGAGGGAUUUGGCGCCCGACGAGCAAAAAUCUGCGUUUGGCGCUGAGGAUUAUCCGUUCACAGUUGAGGGGUCUGCUGAGAGCCGGUCUGUGGGACUGUUUGGUUUGGUUGAGGUUAGUGCGAUGGGCGAUGUGGAGGAGUGCAUGGGAAAAGGGAGGAUUAAGAUGACGCUGGUGUCUUAA